AUGCUGUCCCUGCUUUCGCCUGUAUUUCUACCAGUCCGAUCGUCUGCCUGGGCAAAUCCCUACGCUCUGCACCCCUGGUUCAAGAUGCCCUCUCUGAAACGCAAAGACGCGAGUAGCGACGAAGAGGACGCACUCACCACAACUUCCCCCGUUCGCGGCGCGUCCUACGAGCCGCCGCGACGCUCACUCUCGCCCGCCCCGAGCCCCAAACGGCGCAGGUGCGACGUUCUCGAAAGUGGUAUGUCGCAGCUGACCCUCGAUGGUCGGCCCAUACCACCGUCCCCAGCACACCCCGGCCAGUUCCCGCCACAAUACUCCCUCCCCGCUGCAGCCGGCGCGCCCACGAUCCUCUUCCCCAUCACACCGUCGACGUCGACGCAGUCCGUAGCCUCGCAAUGGGCUGACGGCCUGCAGGUGUCCCCGAUGCUUCCGGUCGUGAACACACUGCACACCUCGGUCGUUUUGCCUGGGUCCGUCGAGGAGCCGACGUCCCCCGAGGCCCUCGCGGCCGCGGCUAUGGACCCGGACGUACAGGACGUGUCCAUGAAGGUGCCCUCGUGGUACGAGAUCGAAAAAGACCGGAUCGUCAUCACCGACCUCGAAGACUCGGACGCCGAGGACGGCGAUAACGGCGACGCGCGCACGAGCGAAAGCGGUUCCUCCGCGGACGCGCCGCAAUUCACCAUCUCGUCUGCGCUGCUCGACCGUCUUCCCAAGCCGUCAUCCGCGCUCGGCCCGCUCGCGCCGGACCCGAACCCGAACCCCACCAACGCCCUCGUCCUCUACCGCCCGCUCCCACUCCGCCCAUCUUCGCACGAGGACAAGGACGACGUCAGGGACAGCCCGCGGUGGAGUGAGAACGCAUCGAGGAUCGAAGAGGUAUUUACGGAGGACGAGCCUAUCAUGGAGGACACGGAGAUGCCGGUCGAUGAGGACCAGUUAGAUUUUGCGCCAGCAGUAGGAUCAGCAGGGGAGCCUGCAGACGAGCCAAUGGACAUCGAGAUGCUUUGACCAAUCAUGUACUUGUUUCCGCGCUGUAUACAAUACGACAGGAUGGACGUAAUACCAGUGUAAUACCG